UGAAGAAACCAAACUUCAGGUUUUGAAACUCCUUUUGAAUUUGGCUGAAAAUCCAGCCAUGCCUAGAGAACUGCUCAGGGCCCAAGUGCCAUCGACACUGGGUUCCCUCUUUAAUAAGAAGGAGAACAAAGAGGUUAUUCUUAAACUUCUGGUCAUAUUUGAGAAUGUAAAUGACAAUUUUACAUGGGAAGAAAAUGAACCUAUUCAAAAUCAAUUCGGUGACGGUUCACUUUUUUUCUUUUUAAAAGAAUUUCAAGUGUGUGCUGAUAAGGUUCUGGGAAUAGAAAGUCACCAUGAUUUUUUGGUGAAAGUAAAAGUUGGAAAAUUCGUGGCCAAACUGGCCGAACAUAUGUUCCCAAAGAACCAGGAAUAACUUGAUUUUGUAGUUUAGAAGCAACAUAUAUUGUAAACUAUUCCUUUUCUCCACCUUGUUUAUAUGGUAAAGGAAUCCUUUCACCUGCCAAUUUUGAAUAACGAAUAUCAUAUCAUCAACGCGGAUAUUUAACUGAGUUGGUCUUCAGGUUUAAGCUGGAUGAAUGAAUAUCACUACUUGUUCUGAAAAUGUGUUUGUUGCUUUUUAUCUCGCUGCCUAGAUUUAAAUAUUUUUACUAUUUCCUCUGCGUAUGUGACAGUGAACCAAUUCAUCUUAAGUAAGCUCCCUUGUGUCAUUUGCAUUGAUUUCAUUUGUGUAUCAUCAAUAAAGUUGUGUAUUAAUGUUGUAAAGAAAAAAAGAAAGAAGAAAAAAGGCAUUAUCCUUGUCCUUUGGUUUAUAAUCUAGUUGGAGAGAUAAGAAACAUACAAACCAAAAGAUAACUGAGAAUAUCUGGAGCAUACACUCAUUGUCAGAUAUGUACUCUCUGAGAACAGAGGAGGCAAAGGCUUCUGUGAGAAAUGAAGUCAGCUGAAAUUUUCAUGAAGGAGGUGGCCAUUGUAAAUGAGACCUGAUGGGGUAGGAUAGUUAGGGCAUUCCAGGAGACAGAAUGGGGAAUGGUGUGAAAAAGGCACUGAGGUAGGACCCCUCUUUCUGUGAAAAUCAGGAGACCAGUCUGCUUAGAGUGGAGAGUGGGAGUAAAUAAAUUUAGAACAUUGGGGGAAGCCAUUUGUGGAAAGCUAUUUGAACAUGAUUCCUAUAACCACUGAGAGCUACUACAUAGUCUUGACUAGAAAAUAAUCGGGAUCCAUAUAAAAGUCCCUCUUGCUUUACUACUGUGCAGUGUUGAGGAUGUGGCAAAAUGGACCCUUUCAGCCCUGAUGGUGGCCAUUUGAUAAUGGGUAUUAUAAGCCUUAAACUGUGUAAAUCCUUCCUCUUAAGGAAGUAAUUGAAUAAUUGGCCAAAGAUUGUACCUACAAAACUGUUGAUCUCAGCACUAAGGUAGUAAGAAUUGGAAACAACUUAAGUGUCUAGCACACUGGAUUGGCUAAAUAAAUUAAAGAAUGUUCACACACACAAUAAAUAUGCUGAUGGAAAUUGUAUUACUAGGAAAAGAUAAUCAUCUUCCAUUAUUAAGUGAGAAAGGUAUUGUAUAUAGCAACAUCCAAAAUGUUCAAUUUUGAGGAUAAGAAAAUAUAUGUUUAAAAAAGACAUUAAAACUCCAACAUUAGAAAGACCCAAAAAGGAACAGUAGUUAUCUUUGGGUGGGAGGAUAAUGAGUGAUCUUUACUUUUUUACUUUUUAUUUAUAUGUUCUUAUUUAUCUAAAAUGAAUAUUAAUUGUUAAGAAAUUUUUGAAAAAGAAAAGUGUUGAAAUUGAAACAGGUAAUUAAUUGGUGCAUGUAGAGUUAAAAAAUUAUUUCAGUUAAAAUCAAGGUGAGUUGAAGUUUCCUCUCUGCAAUGACAGAUGAAUGAUGAAGAUGGAGUUUAUCAUGUGAAUUAAAUGUGGUAACAUAUGCAAAGCCGUAAUAAUCUGGCACAUAUUAGUUAAGUAGGGAAAAUGAGCAGCUUUGAUUACUUAUAAUGCAGGUUUGAUAGGUUUUUGGUUGACUUUUGUUUUGCUGGGGCAUUCUGCCAUAUUUCAGUGCCAUUUAAUAAAUAAUAAUAACAAUAAAUGUUAACCUUUAUUAAGUGA